AUGAGCAGAUUAAUCUAUUCAUUAAUUUUCUUUUGCUUUUAUCUCCAGAUUUCAUGCCAAUAAUAAAUUACUAUUGGCCAAUAUUGGCAAUAUUAUCAAUAAAGAAAUGCGCUAAUAGUGGUUAAUAAAGAUGCUAGCUAAUACUAAUACUGGAAGCUCAACUCAGAUGGAUUUAUUACCAAAACUAUUAUUUUAUAGGCUUGUGAUUUGAUGAUUUAGAACAAAGAUGAUCAAUUGCUUGAAUUUUCUAACCAACUCUUUUACUUCAUUCCUUCCUAAUAAAAUUAUUAUUUGAUUGACAUUAACAAUCUGGAAUCGCUUUAGGAUCAAUAAACUUACACUUGUGGGAACCCUCUUCCUAUGUUGACUAGUUAAGGAUUAUAAACAAACUAUUUCUAAUCAGACGGUACUUCAUUAUAUGAUUCUAGCACAACAUUUUCUUUAUUGACAGAUUUUGAUAUUCAAAAUAUGAAAAAUAUAAAUAAAUAUUCUAUUAAAGAUGAUAUUUAAGAUUUUUAGAUAGAUAAUUAUUUCUACUUUUUCUUGAAUGGAGUUUAAUAUAAGAACCCAAAUGGAUGCCUAAAUACUUAGCUUUUUAUUGUGGAUAAAUAAAAUAGCGCAUUUUUAGGAAGUUGUUUGCCAAAUAUGAUGUAUUUAUUUAAUGUAAACCUGAACGAUAAUCCUCUUACAUUAAUUUAAUAAUAUCCAUAACCUUCAAUUAACACUUCCUACUCUGAUAUUGUAAUUUUAGAUCAAUAGACAAGAUUAGUUGCUAUAUGUUGGGCUAUCUCAGGCAAUUAUGUAUGGUGGUUUUACUAAACAAAUAUACUGACUACUCUUUAAAUGAGCUCAAUUCCUUGUUAAAAUUAACCAUAAAAUCAGCCUAUAGUAUUUUAAAAUUAUUUCAUAGUUGAUAAACAAAUUUAUAGUGUAUCUAAAAGUUCUUCUUCUUUUACUUUUUCAAAUAGUGGUUAGCUAUCUAAAUAAUAUUUACCAAGCCAUGCUUACAACUAUAGUUAAAGAUUUUACAAAGAAAAAAGAACUUAAAUUGUAAUAGAAUAAAAUAAUAAUGGGAAUAUCUAUUUAUUUAUGUCAAUGGAUUAUCUGGUAUGUAACUAAAAUAAUAGUUAUGUGAAUUAGUAUGGAGCAUGCUAAACUUGUAACUAAAACUAAAUAUUUUCGAAGAACUAAUAAUGCUCUCCUUGCUCUUCUAAUUGCACUUAAUGUGAUAGUUUUACUAAAUGUAAUACUUGUGCUUCAGGAUAUUACUUAUCUAAUUCUUCUUAAUGUGUUAAAUUAGGAUGUCCUGAUAACUCAAGCUAGAUUAAUUCAGACUGUGUUUGCAAUACUCAACAACUUUAGAAUUUUAAUGUGUUUAAUGUUCUGAUCCCUGUAAAGAUUGUACAAGUUCUACUAUCUGUACAUCUUGUUAGAGUUAAAGUUAUUAUUUGA